GAUUUUCUUGGGCCUCCAUCCCUCCGAAGGACUUGAAGGAACAAGAUAAUAAUUGAUUUAGUUGUGUGGGUUUUUGCUUUGGGUUGGCACCUCAAUCUUUAAUUUGGAUUUAGACCUCAGGUGGCCCAGGAACGUGGGUCGGAUUGGGGGGCUUCUUCCUCCAGGGUGCUCUUUUUCCUGGAGUGGAGGUUUUGGGGCCCCGCCUGUAAUGUAAGCAUUGCCAAAAGGGAGGAGAAAGAGUUGGUUGCUGGAGAAGAGACAGUCGGUGGUGGCUUCAUUGUCUGCCUGGCAGAGGGAGGGAGGGAAGGCAGGGCAGUGGGUGCAGCUACUCCGAAGUGGAGGGAAAGGAAGGGCCAGGCCAGGCUGACAAAAUGGCCUGGCCAUGUAUCAGCCGGGCAUGCUGCAUUGCCCGCUUCUGGAACCAGCUGGACAAAGCCGACAUUGCCGUGCCUUUGGUCUUCACCAAAUACUCCGAAGCCACCGAAAUCCCUGGCACUCAGGUGGUCUUCCAGCAGCAGCCCUCUCAGCCAUUGCCCCUGCCACGCCCGUCUUCGGCCAUUGAGACCCAGCCCACUGCCACUGCUGUGGCAUCCCAUGGUGGUGAUUCAGAGGCAGUUGCCAGAGCAGCCUCUGGGGCUGUGGACCAUGUUCUGGCUGCUGGGUUGCCCUCUUCCUCAUCAGUGGUGCUCCACAAAACAGGGUCAAAGGAGCCCAUGACCCUUGAUUCGGUGAUGCGCCAGGACUACAAGGCAUGGAAAGUGCAGAAGCCCGAACCCAGUUGCAAGCCGAAAAGUGAAUACCAACCGUCAGACACCCCUUUUGAGAAUGAGAGCCAGUACCAGAAGGAUUUCCGGCCCUGGCCCAUCGCCAAGAGAGGGGACCAUCCUUGGAUCCCGAAGCAGUUGCCCAUUCCUCCUGUUGAUCUGGAAAAGGUCUCCAAGGAAAGAUCUGGAAGCCAAGAGAGGAGGAAGAAGGUUUCAGUGGGCCAGGAACAGGAGGAACAGGGCAAAAGUGGGGAGACCAAGGCAACAAGGCCUGAAGAAGCCAGAGUCAAGAAGGUCAAGAAGAGAGUCCAUCAUACUGAGGAAGGAGUUGCCCAGCAGAAGCAGCAGUCACAGCCGGGGUCCUCCGCACCACCAGAGGGUAGCAAAGGCAGAGCGGCGGUGGAUGCCCUCAACCGGCAGAUCAAGGAGGAGGUCACGGCACGGGUGAGCACGUCCUCCUACAGAAAUGAAUUCCGACCAUGGACGGACAUCAAGCCGGUGAAAUCCAUCAAAGCAAAGUCUCAGUACAAGCCUCCAGAUGAGAAGAUGAAUCACCGAACAAGCUACAAUACCCAAUUCACCGCGCAGGGUGCUAAGCCCUGGCCAACGGAUAACAAAUUCCUUGAACACAGGAGGAUACGCAGCCUCUACAGUGAGCCCUAUGUGGAACCUUCAAGGGUGGAGAAGCCGAGCCCACAGCCUUCUAAACCAAAAAAGACGACCACAAGCCAUAAACCACUGAAAAAGGCCAAAGAUAAGCAAAUGGCAUCCAGCCGGGCGUCAAAGAAAAAGGGCACCACUGAGAGUCCCAGCGGAGCCAACGCAGCCGAGGACAAGGAGAAGAGCAAAGAGUUGAACAAUAAACUGGCUGAGGCGAAAGAGAGCCCUGAUAAAACCACUGGUGCUACAGCCAAGGAACUACAUUCCUUAAGACGGGACCAACCUACAGAAGUUAAACCCCUUCCCUCCAUUCCAGAGGAAGCAGCUGGGACAAGCAUGUUACUUGCAUGAAACUUGUAAAGAUUUAUUUGAGUAAGAUAUAAAACACACAUAUAUAUAUACACAUAUAUAUAUUCACAUAUAAAAUCUCAAAAAAUUCAAUAAACUGGUGCUGGAUCCGUUA